AAAAAAAACUUCAAACAAAAAAGAAAUGCAAACUCGACACUUCUCUUCGUCUCUCUUGUUCUUGGCUCUUCUCUGUCUGUCAUGGACUUUGCUAGUCUCACCGACACAGCCUCCGUCACAGUCUCCGUCACAGUCCCCGUCACAGUCUCCAUCACAGUCUCCGUCACAGCCUCCAUCACAGCCUCCAACACAGCCUCCAAUUCGGCCUCCAACACCCCCUCCGUCACAACCACCAAACAUCGCGUGUAAAUCAACUCCGUACCCAAAGCUCUGCCGCACGAUCCUAUCAGCCUUUAAAUCCUCACCGUCUGAUCCUUACAACUACGGAAAGUUCACAAUGAAGCAAUGCAUCAAACAAGCUCGUCGUCUCUCCAAAGUGAUCAACCGCUUUUCCGAGCGAGUGAAGGAUGAUCCCGGCGCGGCGACGGCGGAAGAAGUCGGUGCCGUGGCUGAUUGCGGCGAGCUAGCAGCGCUUAGCGUUGACUAUCUCGAGACGGUUGCGGAAGAGCUGAAAGCGGCGGAGGUGAUGACAGCUUCUCUCGUUGAUCGUGUCACGAGUCUUCUCGGUGGCGUUGUGACUAACCAGGAAACGUGCCUCGACGGACUUGUGGACGCUAAGAGCGGGUUUGCGACGGCUAUAGGGACGCCGUUGGGAAACCUCACGCGCCUCUAUAGUGUGUCGUUGGGGCUUGUGAGUCACGCGCUUAACCGUAAUUUGAAGAGGUAUAAAGGGGACAAGGGAAAGAUAUUUGGCGGUGGUAACAAACCAGUUCGUGAACCGCUCGAGACUUUGAUUAAGGUUUUACGCAAAACAUGCGACAAGAGCAAGGAUUGUCGGAAAGCUAACAGAAAUUUAGGUGAGCUAGGUGAGACGAGCGGUGGCUCUAUCCUCGUUAGGGAAGCAGUAACUGUCGGUCCAUAUGAAACGGAUAACUACCCCACUAUAACUGAGGCCGUGGCUGCCGCACCCAACCACACGUUCCCGGAGCAAGGCUACUUCGUAAUCUAUGCAAGGGCAGGUCUUUACGAAGAAUAUGUUGUCAUUUCAAAUAAGAAAAGGAACAUAAUGCUUAUCGGAGAUGGAAUCAACAAAACCAUCAUUACUGGAAACCACAGUUUUAUUGAUGGUUGGACUACUUAUAAUUCUUCGACCUUUACGGUGGUUGGAGACCGUUUUGUUGCAGUUGAUGUGACAUUCCGAAACACAGCUGGACCAGCGAAGCACCAGGCCGUGGCCGUAAGAAACAAUGCGGAUGGAUCGACAUUUUAUCGAUGUAGUUUCGAAGGCUACCAAGAUACUCUCUACGUCCAUUCUCUGAGACAAUUUUAUCGUGAAUGCGACAUAUAUGGGACCAUAGAUUUUAUAUUCGGAAAUGCCGCUGCAAUCUUUCAAAACUGCAACAUAUUUGCCCGAAAACCAAUGGCAAAUCAGAAGAAUGCAGUGACCGCACAUGGAAGAACCGAUCCAAACCAGAAAACUGGAAUCUCCAUCAUUAAUUGUACUAUUGGAGCUGCCCCGGACCUGGCGGCUGACCCCAACUCGACCAUGACAUACCUUGGGCGGCCAUGGAAGCCUUACUCGAGGACGGUCUACAUACAAUCAUACAUCAGCGAUGUUGUCCAACCCGUUGGGUGGCUAGAAUGGAAUGGUACAACAGGGCUAGACACAAUCUCAUAUGGUGAAUAUGACAACUUUGGACCGGGGGCUAAUACAAGUAAAAGGGUUCAGUGGUCAGGAUAUAGCCUAUUGAACUUGGCAGAAGCAAUGAACUUCACCGUAUAUAAUUUCACGUUGGGAGACACUUGGUUGCCUCAGACCGAUAUUCCCUUCUACGGUGGUUUGCUUCACACCGAAUGAAAAUUUACUACCAUAUUAUAUAUAUAGAGAAUUGGUCUUUCCUCAUUUUAAUGCAAUAAAAAAUUAUUCAUUUUUGUUAUUCGAAAUCUGAAUUUGGUAGAAUAAAGCAUUAAUUAAAACGUUUCAUGUAUUACAGUAUUA